AUGCCUGUCGUCGGCCCAGAAAAGCUGGCUGCUCUGCAGCAGCAUGGCGACAACGUUCGCAACAUUUGCGUUUUGGCGCAUGUCGACCAUGGCAAAACCUCGUUGACAGACGCUCUCAUUGCUACAAAUGGCAUCAUAUCCGCGAAGAUGGCCGGCAAGAUCCGGUAUCUUGACUCUCGGCCCGACGAACAGCUUCGUGGCAUCACCAUGGAGUCCUCUGCGAUCUCGCUCCUCUUCGCCAUGAUGCGGCGAGCCAAUCCCGAAGCAGCCCCCGAAGCCAAGGAAUACCUCGUCAACCUGAUCGACUCUCCCGGCCACAUCGACUUUAGCAGCGAAGUCUCGACCGCCUCGCGCCUAUGCGAUGGUGCCGUUGUUCUUGUCGAUGCCGUCGAGGGCGUUUGCAGCCAAACUGUCACCGUUCUGCGUCAAACCUGGACGGAGAAGUUGAAGCCGCUUCUCGUCAUCAAUAAGAUGGACCGGCUCGUUACCGAACUGCAGAUGACGCCCGCGGAUGCCUAUGUGCACAUAAGUAAACUGCUCGAGCAAGUAAAUGCUGUCCUUGGCAGCUUCUUCCAGGGCGAGCGCAUGGAGGAGGACCUCAACUGGCGGGAACGUGUUGACGAACGUGUCGCUGCUACGAAGGAGGCACAGGGCGGCAGCGGCGGUGACGAAUCACAGACCGACGAAUACCAGGAGCGGGACGACGAGGACAUUUACUUUGCGCCUGAGAAGAACAAUGUCAUUUUCAGCAGUGCCAUCGACGGCUGGGCGUUUACUGUUCGCCAGUUUGCGGUCUUGUACGAGCGCAAGCUCGGCAUCAAGGCACAACUCCUUGAAAAGGUACUCUGGGGCAGCUUCUACCUGGACCCCAAGACCAAAAAGGUGCUCGGCGCACGACACCUCAAGGGCCGCUCGCUCAAGCCGAUGUUCGUGCAGCUUGUCCUUGAACCGAUUUGGGCCGUGUACAAUGCGACCUUGGGCGGCAACAAUGACCGUGGCGAUCCCGAGGCCCUGGAGAAGAUCACGAAAUCGCUUAGCAUCACGAUUCCGGCGCACAUCAAGCGGUCGCGGGAUCCUCGCCAGCUGAUGAUGACCGUCUUCUCUUCCUGGCUGCCACUAUCGACGGCUCUACUCGUUUCCGUCAUCGAGUCUUUGCCUUCCCCGAAGGCGGCACAGGAGGAACGCAUGGGUGAGCUUCUCGACCGCUCGCCCGAUCCUGACCACAUCGACUCUUCGGUCCGGUCGGCCAUGGUCUCGUUCAACCAGUCCAAGGAACAACCAGUGGUCGUCUACGUCAGCAAGAUGGUUUCGAUACCUGAAAGCGAGUUGCCCGAAAAUAAGCGGAAGAAUACAAAUUCCAUGAGUGCAGAGGAGGCGCGCGAGUUGGCAAGACAGAAGCGGGCAGAGAUUGCCCGCGCACAGCAGGCCGAGUCUGCCGCCGCUGGCCACUCCAACGACGGUGACUACCUCGCAUUGUCUCUCGAUGCUGUAACAAUCCAAGACAGCCAGGACGAUGCCGAGAAGGCCAAGAUUGAUCCCGAACACCUGAUCGGCUUUGCACGAAUCUACUCUGGCACGCUCUCUGUCGGCGACGAGAUCUACGUCAUUCCGCCCAAGUUCUCGCCCGCCCAUCCUCACCACCAGCCUGAGCCCAAGAAGAUCACAGUGGAAGCGCUCUAUAUGAUCAUGGGCCGCAACCUCGAAAGUCUCGACCAAGUACCGGCCGGUGUCGUCUUUGGUAUUCGUGGCCUUGAGGGCACCGUUCUCAAGUCUGCAACUCUUUGUAGUCAAGUCGAAGGCGCAUGCAACCUGGCGGGCAUCGCCAGUACAAUCGGCCGUCCCAUCGUGCGCGUCGCACUCGAGCCGGAGAACCCGGCUGAUCUCGACAAGAUGAUUGCCGGUCUGAAGCUGCUCGUCCAAAGCGAUCCCUGUGCCGAGUACGAGCAGUUCUCCACAGGGGAGCACGUCCUGCUUACGGCAGGCGAACUUCAUCUCGAGCGCUGCCUGACAGAUCUGCGGGAGCGUUUUGCCCGCUGUGAGAUCCAGGCCGGCGCACCGAUUGUGCCGUAUCGAGAGACCAUUGUCCGUGCCGAGGAGAUGCGUCCGCCCGCCAACAAAGAGCUGGGCCGUGGUGUUGUACAGAGCUUUACAAGCUCCAAGCAAGUGUCAAUCACCGUGCGAGUCCGCCCUCUUCCGACUGAGGUCACUGAUUUCUUGAUCAAGAACUCAGGCAGCGUCCGGAAUAUUUCGUCUGAAACGAAGGCUUCCAAUGGUUCACGGGACAAGACUGGAGAACGGGCAGACGACGUUGUUGCCGAAAAUAGCUCUAAUAAAAAUGGAACCUCAUCCUCUGACGAUGAAGCGGCGGCAGGAGCUGAGACUGAUGAAGUGUCGGGCGUGUCCGAGGUUCUCUCCCCAGAAGAAUUCAAGGAGCAGCUGCAGACUCAUUUUGAUAGCAGCAAGGGUGGCUCGGCAUGGAAGGGCGUUACCGACAGCAUUGUUUCAUUUGCACCUCGCCGUGUUGGCCCCAACAUUCUUGUCGACAGUACCGAGUCACAGUGCCUUCAAAGGUUGUUUGCUGAGCACGAAGUUGAUGCCGGCACAGCUGCCAGCGCCGAUGACCGGGUCGACCCAAGCCACUUUGCCGACAAGAUCGUCUACGCUUUCCAGCUGGCCACCCAACAGGGGCCUCUGUGCCACGAACCUGUCCAGGGCAUUGCCGUAAUCGUCGAAGAUGUCAAGGUGUCGCCGGCCGGAAGCAAUGUUGAGGACGGUGCAAACAGCACCCUGCUGGUGCGGGACAACCUUGGCCGGCUGACUGGCGAGGUCAUUAAGACGGUCCAGCAGUCCAUCCACAAGGGAUUCCUAGACUGGUCACCCCGUCUCAUGCUCGCCAUGUACUCGUGUGAAAUUCAAGCAAGCACCGAGGUUUUGGGACGUGUCUACGACGUGCUGACGCGCCGCCGUGGCCGUGUUCUAUCCGAGACCAUGAAGGAAGGCACACCUUUCUUCACCAUCCUGUCGCUUCUGCCCGUAGCCGAGUCGUUUGGCUUCUCCGACGACAUGCGCAAGCGGACAAGUGGCGCUGCCCAGCCGCAGCUUAUCUUCACAGGUUUUGAGGUGUUGGAUGAGGAUCCUCUUUGGGUGCCGUUCACGGAGGACGAUCUGGAGGAUCUGGGUGAAUUUGGCGACCGAGAGAACGUGGCCAAGCGGUACAUGGACGGUGUCCGGCGCCGCAAGGGCCUGCUCGUGGAGGGCCGUAAUGUUGCUCGGAGCGCCGAGAAGCAGAAGACACUUAAACGCUAA